AUGGAGCUGAAGAAGCAGCUCAAGAUCAAAACUGGCACCUUCACUCGCUUGAGAAAGGAGGUGCAGAUGUACGAGCGCGAGGUCACCGAGCAGCAGGAGAAAAUCUCCAAGAUGCAGCAGGAGGGCAGGGACGAGGCCGACAUCCACAAGCAGAUGGAGAUCUUGGAGGAGUCCCGCAACAUGAUUCCCGACGCACACGCGCGACUGGAGCAGGCCAAGCAGUCCCUCAUGGAGCAAAUCGACGGUACUGAGUCAGCCGAGCAAGCGGAGGCUGUCAAGGAGUCUGAUGAGUGGCGGGUCGCCCGCGAGGCUCUGGGUCUCUGA